UUGAAAUUCAAAUGUGCCGCCGCUCUGUUGGUCCACGCCUAGUUCCUGCCAGACGAAUCUGUCUCCGACGAGAGUGGCACGAGCAGCAGCCUUGUGUAUUUAAAGAUGGCAUCUCUGGCUCCCAUCGUUAUCGACGGUAGUUACUUGGAAGGGGGUGGUCAGAUAUUGCGGAUGGGGCUGGCUCUUAGUGCUGUACAAGCUCUACCAAUUUCUGUUACUAAAGUACGUGCAGGAAGAAGUACUCCAGGUCUCCGUCCCCAGCAUUUAACUGGUCUCCAGUUGGUGCGUGAUGCCUCCAAGGGAAGACUUGAAGGUGGACAGAUUGGCUCGUGUGAAAUUACCUUUUACCCAGGAACCAUUGCAGGAGGAAGGUAUCUUGCUGACACACAAACUGCUGGGAGUGUUACAUUGCUUAUUCAGGCAGUUCUACCCUGCACACUCUUUGCUAAUUCUCCAUCAUACUAUACGCUUCGGGGUGGCACAAAUGCAGAGUUUGCCCCUCAGAUUGACUACACAAUACAGGUUUUCAGGAGGAUCAUCUACUCAUUUGGUUUGGAUUUCACAGUCUUUCUCAAUAAAAGGGGUUUUUUUCCAAGGGGACAAGGGGAAGUGACCUUGGAAGUAAAACCACUAAUGAAGUCAUUGAAAGCUGUUAAUAUGACAGACUUUGGUGAACUGGUAUCUGUUCAUGGCAUUGCUUAUGUAGCAGGAGCUCUUCCUAUCAAGGUUGCUCACAAGAUGGCAAAUGCAGCUGUAGAACUGUUGCAACAAAGAUUGCCUCAGAACAUUGAUAUUAGGAUUAACAGAGUAAAAGAUGAUCAAGAGAGAGCUUUUGGGAAUGGUUCAGGGAUUGUUUUAUGGGCAAAAACCACGACUGGUUGUAUCCUUGGAGGAUCUGCUCUUGGCAAGCGAGGGAGGGAGGCAGAAGAGGAUGGAUACACAGCAGCUUCAGAAAUCAUAAGCUGUGUAGAAAGUCGAGUGUGUCUGGACAGUUAUGCUCAAGACCAGGUCAUAAUUUAUAUGGCACUAGCUGAUGGCAAAUCAAGGAUACGCACAGGACCUCUUACAAACCAUACACGAACUGCCAUUUGGGUGGCAGAAAUGAUGACAAAGGUAAAGUUUAACAUUAUUCAGGAAGAAGGCACUGACUGCAUUAUUGUAGAAUGUGAAGGAAUAGGCUUCAGUCGUGCAAGGCUCAACUGAUCCUCAGUAUUAUGUAAAACUGUUCCCCUAUAGGAAAUCAAAUAGAAAAUUCUUUUUAUAUUCUAGCCGUGAUUUCUUUGAUGAGUGUCAGGUGAUUUUGUUGUGUUCAUAACACUUCAUAAAUGUAAUUUAAUAAUAGUGUGUGUGUGAGUGUGUGUGUGUGACUUGUAUGCAAUUGAAAUUGGUUAAGAAAUUACCUUUUCUUCUGUGCAGGCCUAAUUCUGAAAACUGGAAGGAAGGAAUUUACUUGCUCAUACCUUUGUUCCAAAGAUAUUGAAUUAAAAUCAGUCACGGAAUGUGGUUGUGUGUGCUCUUGAUUGUUUUCUUUUACCAGUAUGAAGCCAGGAAACAAUUUUUGCGGUGUAAUUUAGAUGAUUUGUUCAUUCAUCUACAGUUUUAAUGAAUUUUUGUUGUAAGUUUAAAGAAAAUAUGGAAUUAUGUACAAUGAAUAGGUAAAUUUGAUUGUUGUAUUCAUGUAUUGUGCAUGUGUGUGAGACAGAUCCAGGUACUGUAUACUUGAAUUUUAAAGAAAGUUGGAGGUUACCUUUCCAUCAGGGGCUGACAAUGCUAAGAGUGAAAAUGAAGUGUGUAUGAAUGUAUGGUGCCUUGUCUGGACCAUCCUAUGUAACAUUGCCUGCUUAUAAUAUUAGAUGGAUAGAAAUUGUUAAAAUAAAUGUCCAUAACUCAGGAGAAGUGUAACUCAUUUAAAUUUUGGAUUACGUUUAAGCAAAUAUGAAAAAGGCUAAUAUUGCACUUAAUGAAAAUAAAUUGUCUUAUUAUGGUUAUGUCAUGGUAUCAUGAAGUGAUGACAAAUAGUGUGUGUGCUUGAACCAUUCCACUCCUCUGGUUGAACAUCAUGACUGGUAACAAUGAUAGAGGUGAUGAUUGAUAGACCUGAGUUUAAUUUUCUAAAGCUAAUAGUAAGGAGAAGCUUCCAGUCUGACAAUCUUAGUUUGGAGUUUGAUAAUAAGAGAAGACUUCCAGAUAUAUGAAAUUAUUAUUAUUAUUAUUAUUUUUUUUUUUUUUUUAUUUUUUUAAUUUUUUUUUUUUUAAUCAAAUUAGCUCUACCAUCACUGUUUUUGUAUUGACUUAUUCAACUGAUACAAGGCAAUAAUAUAAGACAUCACUUUACACCUAAAUUUGCUUUAAAGUCUUCCAUGUAAAGAUUAUAAGAAUGUUGAAAUAAAUUUUCUGUAUAGAUUAAUAUGUGCAAUUGCAUACAAUAAUUUCAUAUACCAAUGAGUAUUUUGAAAUAAUAAAGUUUACUAAACAAUUAGUAAGGGAAAUUUCUCAAGUAAUGAAUCCUUCAAGCCAACCAAACAGGCACAUCUGAUGAAUAUGUGAUUGUACUGAUUUAGACCUUGAAUAAUGCAAUAGAAUGAUAUAUUGCAAUGAUUUUUUUAAAUUCCCUUUGAUGAAAAGGAGAAGAAAAAGAGAAGCCAAGGCUUUAAAGAUACUAUUCAGCUCAGAGAUGGGUGGACCAUGUUUAUGUUUGCAAGUGUACAUUUUAAUUAUUCUUAGUCUAAUGCACAAAUGCAGAUUGUUUACCUCAAACUUGUUAAUCCCCUCAGCAAUGUGAAGGUACUCUUGCUUAACUUAACUAGUUGCAUCUUAGAGUUAAGAAAACUAACUUGUAUGCAUUAAUCUUAAAGGAUGAAAGUGCCUAUGAUGUUAUAUUUUAAGGAAGCAGCAUCAAAGGAACAUGAGAGUGUCAUAGAUCUUGGAUGAAUAGUGUAUGUACAUUAUAUAGGUAAUGGUAGUUAUUCAUACUGCUCUUGUUUAGGGAGAAUUCAUUUAAAUACUGUAUCCUAUAAAUGAUACAUUAUAUAAUGCCAUAUAUGUGAGUGUUUAUGAAAUCUAUAGGCUGUGAUUCAUGACAGAUAUUAUAGUAAUGUUUAACUAAAAAAUGUGGCUUUGCCUUCCCAUAUUAGACAUGAUCAUUUAUCUCUCUCUCUCUCUCUCUCUCUCUCUCUCUCUCUCUCUCUCUCUCUCUCUCUCUCUCUCUCUCUUCUAUACUUGCCAUUGUGGUUUUUGUUAUUUUCUGUCUCAUAAGAAGAGAUUAAUACCUAUAUAUUACAGUUAUAGCUACCUACUGUAAGAUUUUCUCCAAUGUAAUAAAUAAAGAUUUCUUUCUUGUUAAUAAA